AAACCCUGGUUUUGAGAUGCGUCCCUGCCCGGCCCUUGCCAGCUCCAGCCUGGACUUCUCCGGUUCCGGGAGGAACGGUGAGAGCCCUACUCUCGGUGCCGGGCGCUCUGGCACCUCGGGGCUAGGUCGCAGCCGCUGCUUGAACGCUUCCGAGAGUCGCCGCUACGAGCUUCUGGUCUGCUUCGGAGGCGACCACCGCGAUGGCGGCUCCUGCGCAGCCCAAGAAAAUCGUGGCCCCCACAGUGUCCCAGAUCAACGCGGAGUUCGUCACCCAGCUAGCAUGUAAAUACUGGGCUCCUCAUAUCAAGAAGAAAUCACCUUUUGAUAUAAAAGUAAUUGAAGAAAUAUAUGAAAAAGAGAUCGUCAAAUCACGGUUUGCCAUCAGAAAAAUAAUGCUGCUGGAAUUUAGCCAAUAUCUUGAAAAUUAUCUUUGGAUGAAUUAUUCUCCAGAAGUUUCCAGCAAGGCCUAUUUAAUGUCCAUCUGCUGUAUGGUGAAUGAGAAGUUCAGAGAAAAUGUCCCAGCCUGGGAGACCUUUAAGAAGAAGCCAGACCACUUCCCGUUCUUUUUUAAGUGCAUCCUGAAAGCGGCAUUAGCUGAGACUGAUGGCGAGUUCUCCCUCCACGAGCAGACCAUCCUCCUGCUUUUCCUGGAUCAUUGCUUCAAUAGCUUGGAAGUAGACUUGAUAAGGAGUCAAGUACAGCAGCUUAUCUCCCUUCCUAUGUGGAUGGGCUUGCAGCCUGCACGAUUGGAAUUAGAAUUGAGAAAGACACCAAAGCUAAGAAAAUUCUGGAACUUGAUUAACAAGAAUGAUGCGAAGAUGGACCCAGAAGCAAGAGAGCAGGCCUAUCAAGAAAGAAGGUUUCUCUCCCAGCUCAUCCAGAAGUUCAUCUCUGUGUUGAAGUCCAUCCCACUCUCUGAGCCUGUCACUAUGGACAAAGUUCAUUACUGUGAAAGAUUCAUCGAACUUAUGAUUGAUCUAGAGGCUCUGCUCCCCACAAGGCGCUGGUUUAACACCGUCCUGGAUGAUUCCCACCUUUUGGUUCACUGUUACCUUUCCAGUCUUGUUCACAGAGAAGAGGAUGGCCAUCUGUUUUCCCAACUUUUAGACAUGCUGAAGUUCUAUACUGGCUUUGAAAUUAAUGACCAGACUGGAAAUGCUCUGACAGAGAAUGAGAUGACCACAAUUCACUAUGACAGAAUUACAUCUCUGCAGAGAGCGGCUUUUGCACACUUCCCCGAGCUCUAUAAAUUUGCCCUCUCCAAUGUGGCAGAAGUGGAUUCCCGGAAUUCCUUGGUCACGUUUUUUAAGCCUCUCAGUUCAAACAGACUCCACCAGGUGGCAUCAUACCUCUGCCUCUUGCCAACGCUCCCUGAAAAUGAAAACACAACUUAUGAUGAAAAAUUUCUUCUAGAAUUGCUGGUGUCUCGCCAUGAACGCCGCAUCUCUCAAAUUCAGCAAUUGAAUCAGAUGCCUCUGUAUCCAACUGAGAAAAUUAUAUGGGAUGAAAACAUAGUCCCUACUGAGUACUAUUCUGGGGAAGGCUGUCUUGCUCUCCCCAAGUUGAAUUUGCAGUUUUUAACUCUACAUGACUAUCUCCUGAGGAACUUUAAUCUCUUCCGCUUAGAAUCAACUUAUGAAAUUAGACAAGACAUCGAGGACAGUGUCAGCAGAAUGAAGCCAUGGCAAUCUGAGUAUGGUGGUGUAGUGUUUGGUGGUUGGGCACGAAUGGCUCAGCCCAUUGUGGCUUUCACUGUAGUCGAGGUUGCCAAACCCAACAUCGGUGAAAACUGGCCAACCCGCGUUCGUGCAGAUGUCACCAUCAAUCUGAAUGUCAGAGACCACAUCAAGGAUGAGUGGGAAGGCCUUCGCAAACACGAUGUAUGCUUUUUAAUUACUCUGCGUCCCACAAAACCUUACGGCACUAAGUUUGACAGGAGGAGACCUUUUAUUGAGCAAGUUGGUCUGGUGUACGUCAGAGGCUGCGAAAUCCAGGGCAUGCUAGAUGACAAAGGACGAGUCAUUGAAGACGGACCUGAACCCAGACCCAAUCUUAGAGGAGAGUCAAGGACAUUUCGAGUAUUUUUGGAUCCAAACCAGUAUCAACAGGAUAUGACCAAUACUAUACAAAACGGAGCCGAAGACGUGUAUGACACUUUCAAUGUCAUAAUGAGGAGGAAACCGAAGGAGAAUAACUUCAAGGCUGUGCUGGAGACUAUUCGGAAUCUGAUGAAUACCGACUGCGUGGUACCGGACUGGCUGCAUGACAUCAUUUUAGGUUAUGGGGACCCAAGUAGUGCUCAUUAUUCAAAAAUGCCCAAUCAAAUUGCUACCCUGGAUUUCAAUGACACUUUUCUCUCCAUUGAACAUUUAAAGGCCAGCUUUCCUGGUCAUAAUUUCAAAGUGACUGUGAAUGACCCAGCUCUACAAAUACCCCCUUUCAGAAUAACUUUCCCAGUAAGAAGUGGAAAGGGGAAGAAAAGAAAAGAUGCAGAUGGGGAAGAAGACGACACAGAAGAAGCAAAGACCUUAAUUGUGGAACCUCAUGUUAUUCCUAAUAGAGGUCCUUAUCCUUACAAUCAGCCCAAACGUAACACAAUCCAGUUCACUCAUACGCAGAUAGAGGCCAUCAGGGCCGGAAUGCAGCCUGGACUGACUAUGGUUGUGGGCCCACCUGGUACAGGAAAAACAGAUGUUGCAGUCCAGAUCAUAUCCAACAUUUACCACAAUUUUCCAGAACAAAGGACUUUAAUUGUUACUCAUUCCAAUCAGGCUCUGAACCAGCUGUUUGAGAAAAUCAUGGCUCUAGACAUUGAUGAGCGUCAUCUCCUGCGUCUGGGUCAUGGAGAAGAAGAGCUAGAGACAGAGAAGGACUUUAGCAGGUAUGGAAGAGUUAACUAUGUCCUAGCUCGAAGAAUAGAACUUUUAGAAGAAGUCAAACGAUUACAAAAGAGUCUGGGAGUUCCAGGAGAUGCUUCAUAUACCUGUGAAACUGCGGGCUAUUUCUUCUUAUAUCAGGUAAUGUCCCGGUGGGAAGAGUACAUGAGCAGAGUCAAGAACACAGGGAGCACCUGCCCAGAUGCUGCAGAGGUUUCCACAUUCUUCCCCUUCCAUGAGUAUUUUGCCAAUGCUCCUCAGCCUAUCUUUAAAGGCAGAUCUUAUGAAGAAGACAUGGAAAUCGCUGAAGGGUGCUUCAGGCAUAUUAAGAAAAUCUUCACUCAGCUUGAGGAAUUCAGAGCUUCGGAACUACUUCGCAGUGGACUGGACAGAUCUAAAUACCUCUUGGUGAAAGAAGCUAAAAUCAUUGCUAUGACAUGUACUCAUGCUGCCUUGAAACGACAUGACUUGGUCAAGUUGGGUUUCAAGUAUGAUAACAUUUUAAUGGAAGAGGCUGCUCAGAUUCUGGAGAUAGAAACAUUUAUUCCUCUACUUCUGCAGAAUCCUCAAGAUGGAUUCAGCCGAUUGAAACGAUGGAUUAUGAUUGGUGAUCACCACCAAUUGCCUCCAGUCAUUAAGAACAUGGCCUUUCAGAAGUAUUCCAAUAUGGAGCAGUCUCUUUUUACUCGCUUUGUCCGGGUUGGAGUUCCUACUGUGGACCUUGAUGCUCAAGGGAGAGCCAGGGCAAGCUUGUGUAACCUCUACAACUGGCGUUACAAAAACCUAGGGAACUUGCCGCACGUGCAGCUCCUGCCAGAGUUCAGCACAGCCAACGCAGGCCUGCUCUAUGACUUCCAGCUCAUCAAUGUGGAAGACUUUCAGGGAGUGGGAGAGUCAGAGCCUAACCCUUACUUCUACCAGAACCUUGGAGAGGCAGAGUAUGUAGUGGCACUCUUCAUGUACAUGUGCUUGCUGGGUUACCCUGCAGACAAGAUCAGUAUUCUCACAACCUACAACGGACAGAAGCACCUGAUUCGGGACAUCAUCAACAGGCGCUGUGGGAAUAAUCCACUGAUUGGAAGGCCAAACAAGGUUACAACGGUUGAUAGAUUCCAAGGUCAACAGAAUGAUUACAUCCUCCUUUCUCUAGUGCGGACCAGGGCUGUGGGCCAUUUGAGGGAUGUGCGUCGCUUGGUGGUAGCCAUGUCAAGAGCCAGGCUUGGCCUUUAUAUCUUCGCUAGAGUAUCCCUCUUCCAGAAUUGCUUUGAACUGACUCCUGCUUUCAGCCAGCUCACUGCCCGCCCACUGCAUUUGCAUAUCAUUCCAACAGAACCUUUCCCAACUUCCAGAAAGAAUGGAGAGAGACCACCUCAUGAAGUACAGGUAAUAAAGAAUAUGCCCCAGAUGGCGAAUUUUGUGUACAACAUGUACAUGCAUUUGAUACAGACUACCCAUCAUUAUCAUCAGACUUUCCUACAACUACCACCUGCCAUGGUGGAAGAAGGUGAGGAAGUUCAGAGCCAGGAAACAGAAAUGGAAGCAGAAGAAGAAACCGUGUCUGCUCAAGCUAACCUCACACCCGGUCCAACAGAUGCCAGCCCGAGUCAAGAGACCCCAGCCUCUCAACCUGACUGUUCCAAUCAGACUGAGGCUGCCUCCAGUCAGACAGAAGACACCUCUGCCCUGUGUGACAUUGCUACUGCAGCUGAGCCUGUCGCUGCAGCAGCAGAAGCUGCCACCCCGCAAGAUGCAGCUUCUGUCCCCGCAGAGACCAAGUAGCCUAUCUGCGGCAGAGCCUGGGACAUUCCAUUUAUAAAGUCUAAGUGAGAUUUCGUUUUAAAUUUCAUACUUACUGUAUGGCUUUAAGGACACCAGCUAAUGUUCAGUCCUGUGCUUAUUAGCUGGUUUCCUUAUUUUGUAUUUUUUUAUUUGUAAAUAUAAAAGCAACUUGUUUCAUUGUUCAUUCAAAAGAGGAAAUAAUUUUGAUUGCUGAAUGUAUCUGAGGUAAUACCUGCAUUAAAAUUGGUUUCU